AUGGCACCCAUCAAUGAUGUGAUAACUGUCAAGGAAACGAAUGAAAUCGGUGCGCCAACGGCUACAUACAUCUACUCCACGACUAGCGAUCCAACCCAAUUCCGUACCCCAGAUUCUUCUGGCGUUCGUCAUGAACGGCGGAGAGUCGAUAUUGUUCUGCCGUCACGAAAGGACUCAUCAUCGUAUCUCGCUUCGCUGCUCAAUGUUUUUCUACCGGUGGGAUACCCGCAUAGCGUCAGCGACGAUUACCUAGACUGUUUAGGAUUCGCUUCAGGCGUUCUCAAGUUCAAUUGCCGGACUACUGGCGUCCCGGGCUGUAUUGCAAGCACUCCCGAAACGCCUGAGGGUUGUAGUUUUGGCCUUUUCGAGCGUUUUAAGAGCGCUGUGUGGUGUGGCUGCUGGGAGUUCAAAAGCGAGCUUGAGCAGUCAUUUUGCGAAGUGGGGAAAUUUGGGAGAGUUAAAUGCUUGAUAUCUCUCUUAGGAAUGCUGUGCGGAAGCGUCGUUGUCUCACACAUAUCCACCCCUUCCGCAACGUGGACGACUUUGCUGCUUCUCCUCCUAGUACACCUCUCGACGAACUACGCCGCGGUGCGCUCAGUCAACAUGACCACUUUGAAUCGCCAACGAGCCAACAUCGUUUUCUCAACUCUCUUCGAAAAAGGUAGUGUCCUCACCCCAACGGAGGCAUCUAAAUGCGAAAGAAUCUUCGAGCGCGAUGGGAUUCUCCGCUGGAAAGCAUCCCCCGCCGCCCUGGGAUAUUGUCAAAUAGGGGGUUCGUUCCAGGAGUUACUGCGUGGCUCUAUACAUGGAGCAAAUUCCAUUCGUGACGUUGGCAUUGAUAUUUACAAACUUCUACGUCUGUUUGAAAAGGAGGAGUAUGUCCUAUGGUUCAACCCCAUUCAUAAAAAGGGGACCAUAGUCUUGAAAAAUAAUGUGACCCCUAUAUCGCAGCUCAAAGCCUGGAGUCAUGCGCUGAUAGUUGCGAAGCGUUUAACGGAUUUGAGGCGAGAAGAAGCUGAUAUGGUCAACGUGAGCACGGUGGAGAAGGAGGAGGAAGAAGAUAAAUGGAAACAACGAAAUGAAAGUGUUUCCGUCUCCAACUUUACCGACCCAGACACGAUGUUCUCGAUCCUCGAAUCCACGCUGUGCGCCCAUUCUGCGAGCUUCGCAGACCAGAUCGGAAUGCUAACGGAUGCUGGGUGGGACGUUGCCACGCCCUCCCUAGAGACUCGACCCGCGAGGAGGUUUGAGGUGGUGGAGUUCUAUCUGGGGAAAUAG